AUGGUUUAUAUAAUCGAUCACCUGCUUGCUUGUUACACGAAAGAUGAAAUUGAUCAAGAUGAUUACUUGGAAGAUCAUGAAAGCGAUGAUGAUCAAAUGCAAGAUGUUCAACUCAAUACUUCUAAUAAUUUGAUAGUUGAACCAUCAAAUGUAGGAAACGAAGAUGACAAAAGUGUGCAUAAAGGGGAUGCGCAUAAAGGAGAUGAAAAACUAGAAAAUUUUUCUUCAAUUUAUAAACCACCUACAAAUGAAGAAAUUCAAGGAUUAAAAGAGACAACAGACUUGUACAAGUCUAAUCUAUUUAAACUUCAAAUCGAUGAACUUUUAUCAGAAGUUAGUAUCGAUUUUUCUAAAACUACAAGUUUAGAAAAUAUAUUACAUAAAUUAAAAGAAAUAUUUGAAAAUAUUAAUGACCAACCUGACCUUUCGAUCAUAGAUGCAAAAUCUAUGCUAUUGAAAAAGCAUGAUAUAACCAUUCCAUUUCCCGACCCACAACCUUCUGAUGAUGUAAAAUACAAAUUUGGAUUUAAAAAACCGACAGCAUUUUAUUUGGUUGGUAGUUAUCCGUUAAAAAGUGUUAUACGCAGCCGUGAUGGGUUUAAUGUGGAUGUAGUGGUCAUUAUGCCGAAGUCUAUAUUUCAAGAAAAAGAUUAUAUGAAUUACCGUUAUUUUUAUAAGCGCGCAUAUUAUCUUGCAGUAUUGUCUGCUACUUUACAAGACAAGGGCCUGGCAUUGAAUGUCAGCGUAGAAUUUGGCACUUUUUUUGGGGAUAGGCGUCGUCCUAUUAUAAUACUUAAACCACUUAAAAAUAAUUCUGAUCCAGAUUUUUCUGCACUUAAUUUUACCAUCCGAAUAUUACCUUGCAUUCCAAUGGAUCUAUUUUCAACUCAACGUCUCUCACCAUCCCGAAAUAAUAUUCGUCCUCAACAUUUUCAGGAUUUAGGUCAAAUUUCUCAACAACAACAAUCCGUAGACUCACUUCCACCAACACCGCAAUACAAUUCCGCUAUAUUAAGAGACAUGUAUUGUGUUGCUCAUCUAAACCAGUUAUAUAAAAAUUCAAAAGAAUGUCCUGCAUUUAACGAUGCAUGUAAGCUUGCAAAGGUGUGGCUUCAUCAAAGAGGCAUAGGCGGUGAUGAAGACGGAUGGAGUGGGUUCAAUGGAUUUGUAUGGAAGAUGCUGAUGUGCUAUUUAUUACAUGACGGCGGUGUAAACGGAGGAAAGAAAUUAGCUAAUGGAUAUAGCUCUUAUCAGUUGGUUAAGGGAACUAUGGAUUUCUUGGCAAACCAUGAUUUUAUCCGAAAUCCCUUAUUUAUGAAUAAAUUGGAUGAAUCUGAAGAAUUUUCAGAGAAGUCUUUUAAAGAAAACUUUGACGUUGUAUUUGUUGAUAAUUCCGGAAAAUUAAAUUUGCUAUGUGGAAUGACAAAAACUGCCCUUGAACAAAUACAACAUGAAGCCAGGAUUGCAAUGGAAUAUUUUAAUGAAAAUAAAACGGAUAGAUUUGAAGCAUUAUUUUUACAAAAAGUGAAUAAUAUUAAAUUAAGAUAUGAUAACGUUGCAAAGCAAAAGUUAGACUACAAUGAUCCAUUUAUACAUUUCGCAAGAACAAUUCCUAUACAACUCAAACAAGGUCUAACUAAUCGCGUCAACUUAAUAACGAUAAAUUACGCACAACUUCCAACAUGGUCAACUUCCUCAGAGCCACCAUCAUAUUCAUCCUCAAAUUUAAAACUCUACAUUGGUUUUAUUUUUAAUCCUGAACAAUCAAAUCGAUUAAUAGAUUAUGGACCAUCACCUGAAGAUGAAACAGCAGCUUCACAGUUUCGAAAAUUGUGGGGAAAAAAAGCAGAAGUACGAAGAUUUAAGGAUGGUAGUAUACUAGAAUGUGUGGUUUGGAAUGUUAAAGGAAUUGAAGAACGCAGUCUUAUUGUUAGUCGAAUAGUCCAAUACCUAUUUAAUCUCCAUUAUGGUAUAAAAGAUAAAGGAAUUCAAUAUUUUACAGGGCAAUUAAAUGAUAUUGUUAUACCUUCAACAAAUCUUCCAAAAACUAUUUAUAAUAAAAAUGGAAUUACAAAUGGAUUCCGAGAUGUAAUGCAAGCAUACGAUAAAUUAGUUAAACAAUUUAUGGCAUUAGAAAAUAUUCCUUUAAGAUUUUCUGGUAUUCGAGCUGCAAGUCCAACAUUAAGAUAUACUUCAAUAUUUGUUCCUCAACCACUUACUCUCACAACUACGAAAAUAUCGCAUUAUAUAGAUCCAAUUGAAAUUAUAAUUCAAUUUGAACAUUCUGCAAGAUGGCCUGAUGAUCUUGUGGCCAUACAAAAAAUGAAAAUCGCAUUUUAUAUACGACUUGCAUCACAAUUAGAACUUCAAUUCCCAGAAACUUGUACUACGGUAGUAGCAGAUAAUAGCGAUAUGAUCAUUUCAGAAGCAUAUAUGGAUGUAAUUUCUGAUUCAAGAUUCGUGUUCAGAUGUAGAAUUUAUAAUGAACGAGAAAUAACAUUGUUGGAUCGUGGAAUUAAUGAUAAAAAAUCUAGUAUACUUAAAAAAGAUACGUAUACGAAAGCUUUAGAAAUAGAGAAACGGAUGUUUGUGGAACUUCCAAUGCAUACUUUACAAAUUCAGACACUUUGCAACAAGUGGCCAAGUUUGUCAUUGGCUAUUAGACUUACAAAACGAUGGUUUAGCACACAUAUGUUGAGUGAUCAUGUUGAAGAAGAAUGGAUUGAAUGUCUGUCUUCACAAGUUUAUUUAGAACCAUGCCCUUGGAAUAGACCUGGUAGUGGAUUUGUAGGGUUUAUUCGAGUUUUAAAAUUGAUAACUUCUUGGGAUUGGAAUAACGAGGCAAUGAUUGUGGAUUUAAGUGAAGAAACCAAAAAUUCUUUAAAAAAUAGUACAAACGAAAAUAAAAUCGAAGAUAUUAAACAAAGAUUUAAGAAUUUAAGGGCAUCGGAUGAAAGUUGCAAGCAUGGAUUAAUGUUCAUAGGCACUACUAGCGGAAAUGUUUGGGGGAUUGAGAAACCUAGUAAAGUUGUCGCCAAUAGAAUAAAAGAGUUGGCCAGAUCUGCGCUUUUGUAUGCCGAUGAAUUAAUAGAGAAAGGGGAAAAUAGGGAGUUCAAGAGGCUCUUUGCAACACCACUUUCAGAUUAUAACGUGAUUAUACAUUUAGAUCCAAGUCAAUGCACAAGAUACUAUCAAAAUAUUUUUGUUGAUACACAAUACUUAUCGCGUGAUAAGAAGAACAUAUCUCCUUUAAAGAUCUACAAUAUCGAUGAAUGUAAUGAUAAUCAAGACCAUGAAGAAAAUUUAAAAAACGAGAAAAUGGUUGCAAUGAUCGGAUUUGAUCCUGUAGAAUAUUAUUUAGAUGAACUGAGGAAAUUAUAUUCUGAUGUAGCUUUAUUCUUUCAUGAUAAGCACGGUGGAACAAUUAUUGGAGUUGUUUGGAUACCGACAAACUUUACUCCCAGACCAUGGAAAGCUAGCUCAGAAAUAAAUGGCAUUUUGGUGUCGAAAAUUGAAGACCUUAAAGAUCGAAAAGGCAGUGGAUAUGAUACGAAUAAUAACAAUAAUAUACGAGAUCAAAAUAUAAUAUUGAAUACCAAAGCAGUAGUUUUAGAAAUCGAAAGGUUAGGUGAGGGAUUGGUUACCGGGAUUGAAGUUAGAAAGUGA